UGUUGCAGGAGAUGAUGAGGGACUUCAACAACCGCGGUUGAAGCCUGGCAUGCCUCGGCUCCGUUGCUUUCGUCGUCUUCCAAAAUGAUUCUCGCAAGGCGAAGCCCGCUAGAGGUUUAUUUUGACUGAACAAUUAGCCUCCAUACAAAAGACGAUUGAUCACACUACAGAGCGAUUGUCCGUUGGAAAGAGUCCGCUAUGUUGUGCUUCUCUUGUCAGAGUGAAGAGCGAACAGGGUCAUCCCCACAGCAUUGGUUGUUGAUUUUUGCAGAUCCCGACUAUCGUCAACUGCACAGUAUACGACUCGCCAGAUACCCCAGACGAGUGAACAGAUGUGAACCGCGUAGCUGUACAGUAUUUCAUGGAAGCUGUCCUCGGCUAUUGAGCAAGGUUCUGUCAAGACGUAGCAAUGUGAGGCUCAUCAUGACACUUUCAAUGUCCCCUCUCGCCGUUCUAAGUAGCCAUCGCCAUCUGUUGGUCAACUCGGUCAGCCGACUGGACUCUGUUCGUGUCGUCACUAUGACCAAUAUUCUUGUCAGGAGCGAUGGAGCGAUAGCAAAAUUGCUCGGCAAGACUGCAAGGAUUAUCAGCUUCGCAUCGAGGGCGGGUAUUCUCAACCACAUCAACAUACACUUGUGCUAGUAGGCGCUCCGCGCUCUCGAUGGAAGAUUCUCCAAAAAAUGUACAACUUUGAUGCACCGCUCUUCGGCCUCUUGCCUUACCCGCUCGUGCUCGUUCUGCUCGACAGAUUUCGGUGUUUUAUUAAGAGGGCGGAGUAUAACAGCAUCCUGACAGCAUGAUGGGCGAGAGUGGCGGAUACCGUCCGGUCAAGUCUGAAUCGAUCAGUGACAGCCGAUCUG